UCUCUCCCUUUCACAUUUCAGUUACAGAGAGCAUCACUCAUGGAUCCAUUCGUUUGGUACUGCAAGCCUGAAUCAAACAGUGUUUGGGCCAAAGCAGUUGAUAGCGCCUUUGGUUCCUAUACGCCAUGUGCAAUCAAUACUCUUGUAAUUUCAACCUCCAAUUUCGUUCUUAUGGGACUUUGCUUCUAUAGAAUUUGGCUUAUUGCUACAAACACAAAGGCUCAGAGGUUUUCCUUGCGUUCUAAUUGGUAUAAUUAUGUUCUCGCAUUGUUGGCUUCUUAUUGUGCUAUUCAGCCUCUGUUGAGAUUGUUGACUGGAAUUUCAGCAUUUAACUUGAAUGGUGAAACUGGAUUUGCUCCUUUUGAGGUAAUGGCCUUGAUGGUUGAAGCGCUUACAUGGUGUUCGAUGAUAGUUCUCAUUCUAUUGGAAACCAAGGUUUAUAUCCGGCAAUUUAGAUGGGUGGUGCGGUUUGGAGUUAUCUAUGUUUUGGUUGGAGAUGUUGUAUUGCUUAACCUUCUUCUGUCAGUGAAAGAUUACUGCAGUAGAUCUGCCCUGUUUCUGUACCUUAGUACUUUUAUCUGCCAGGUCUUGUUUGGUACAUUGCUUUUUGUUUACGUACCUAAUUUGGUUCCGUAUAAUGGCCAUAUAACAACGCAAGACGAGCUUCCUGACAAUGCUGAGUAUGAACUACUUUGUGGAGAGGAACAAGUUUUCCCUGAGAUGCAUGCUAAUAUAUUCUCUAGAUUAUGUUUUGGAUGGGUAACUCCACUCAUGCGGCAAGGUUACAGAAAACCCAUCAGAGAAAAGGAUGUUUGGAAGCUAGACAAGUGUGAUCAGACAGAGACAUUAACAGAAAAGUUUCAAAAGUGUUGGAUGAUAGAAUUUCAAAGCUCUAACCCAUGGCUUUUAAGAUCUUUGAACAACAGCUUAGGGAAGAGGUUUUGGUGGGGAGGCAUCUAUAAGAUUGGUAAUGAUCUUUCCCAGUUUGUUGGGCCAAUUCUGCUGAACCAUCUGUUAAAUUCAAUGCAAAAUCAAGAUCCAUCUUGGGUUGGUUACAUCUAUGCUUUCUCCAUAUUUGUUGGAGUGUCACUUGGUGUUCUAUGUGAAGCUCAAUAUUUCCAGAAUGUGAUGCGUGUUGGUUUUCAGCUUAGAUCAACUUUGGUGGCUGCUAUAUUUAGAAAAUCUUUGAGGCUAACUAAUGAAGGUCGAAAGAAGUUCUCAUCUGGGAAACUUAUGAAUAUGAUAACUACAGACGCCAAUGCACUACAGCAAAUAUGUCAACAACUUCAUGGACUUUGGUCAGCACCAUUCCGUAUCAUCAUAGCAAUGGUUCUCUUAUACCAGCAACUAGGCGUUGCUUCACUUAUUGGAUCGCUACUUCUAGUUCUCAUUGUCCCACUACAGACAUACGUGAUUGCCAAAAUGAGAAAACUGACAAAGGAAGGACUGCAGCAAACAGACAAGAGGGUUGGUAUCAUGCAUGAAAUUCUGGCUGCCAUGGAUACUGUAAAAUGUUAUGCAUGGGAAACAAGCUUUCAAUGUAGAGUACAAAGCAUACGGGAUUAUGAGCUAUCAUGGUUUCGCAAAGCACAUCUGUUAAAUGCUCUCAAUACCUUUAUUCUAAAUAGCAUCCCAGUUCUUGUGACUGUAACUUCAUUUGGAAUGUUUACUUUACUUGGUGGAGAAUUGACUCCUGCAAGGGCAUUUACCUCACUAUCUCUAUUCACAGUUUUGCGCUUUCCAUUAAACAUGCUACCAAAUUUACUAAGUCAGGUAGCAAAUGCAAAUGUAUCGUUGCAAAGGCUGGAAGAAUUAUUCUUGGCUGAGGAGCGAAAUCUAAAACAAAAUCCACCUCUUGUACCAGGACUUCCAGCCAUCUCAAUAAAAAAUGGAAACUUUUCAUGGGAUGCAAAGGCAGAGAAGUCCACACUAUCAAAUAUCAAUGUGGAAAUACCAAUUGGAAGCUUAGUUGCAAUAGUUGGUGGUACUGGAGAAGGAAAAACAUCACUUAUUUCAGCAAUGAUUGGAGAGCUACCUCUUUUAAAUGAUGGAAAUGCUAUAAUUAGAGGCACUGUUGCUUAUGUUCCUCAGAUUUCAUGGAUUUACAAUGCUACAGUCAGUUGCAGCUUGUUUAUGCUUCUAAACAUUUUUACUUAUUUCUUUUGUAAUAAAUUCAAACGAAACAAAUACUGCAAUUUACUUCUAAAUCACAUCUUUUUACAGGUACGCGAAAACAUAUUGUUUGGGUCAGAAUUCGAAUAUGAACGAUAUUGGAAGGCCAUUGAUGUCACUGCUUUACAACAUGAUCUCAACUUAUUACCAGCACGCGAUUUUACAGAGAUUGGAGAAAGAGGAGUCAAUAUUAGUGGUGGACAAAAGCAAAGAGUUUCCUUAGCUAGGGCAGUCUAUUCAGAUUCAGAUGUAUAUAUAUUCGAUGAUCCUUUAAGUGCUCUCGAUGCUCAUGUUGCUCAUGAGGUUUUCAAAAACUGUAUAAAGGAAGCUCUAGGAGGAAAAACAAGGGUUCUUGUCACCAACCAGCUACAUCUUCUCCCUCAAGUGGAUAAAAUUAUUCUCCUUAGUGACGGCAUGAUUAAAGAGCAGGGAACUUUUGAGGAGUUAUCAAAGUGUGGGUAUCUAUUUCAGAGACUAAUGGAAAAUGCUGGGAAAAUGGAACAACAAUCAGAGAGUAAUGAAGGUAGAGAGGACCAUGUUGAGGCUAAUGUUUCAACCUCGAGCAAUGAGGCACUUGUUCAGAUUCCAAACGACACAAGCUAUGAGAAGAAGGGAAAGUUACGCAAAUCAGUGCUUGUUAAGCAAGAAGAGCGGGAGACUGGUGUGGUUAGCUUGAAAGUUUUGGCGAGGUAUAAAUCUGCAUUAGGAGGCCUAUGGGUAGUUUUCAUACUCUUUGCCUGCUACACAUUAACAGAAGUUCUUCGAAUUUCAAGUAGCACAUGGUUAAGUGUUUGGACAGAUCAAGAUUCCACUUCAGAUUAUAAUCCAGUAUAUUUUCUUGUCGUCUAUGCACUUUUCUCCUUUGGACAGGUAGCUGUAACACUUGCAAACUCUUAUUGGUUGAUCAUUUCUAACCUCCGUGCUGCAAAAAGAUUGCAUGAUGCAAUGCUAGAUAAAAUACUUCGGGCCCCAAUGGUAUUCUUCCAAACUAAUCCUGUUGGCCGCAUAAUUAAUAGGUUUGCAAAAGACAUGGGAGACAUAGACACCAUGGUUUCUACUUUGGUGAAUCAGUUUAUGGGGCAACUCUGGCAGCUACUUUCUACCUUUGUUCUUAUUGGCACUGUGAGCACAAUAUCUCUGUGGGCUAUAAUGCCAUUGCUGAUCUUCUUUUAUGGAGCUUAUAUAUAUUACCAGAGCACAGCUCGAGAAGUGAAGCGUUUGGAUUCAAUUACAAGAUCUCCUGUUUAUGCACACUUUGGAGAAGCGUUGAAUGGUUUGGCAAGCAUACGCGCUUACAAAGCAUAUGAUAGAAUGGCUCACAUUAAUGGAAAAUUCAUGGAUAAAAAUAUCAGAUUUACCCUUGUGAAUAUUAGUUCAAACCGUUGGCUCACCAUAAGGUUAGAAUCAUUAGGAGGGCUCAUGAUUUGGUUCAUAGCUACAUUUGCUGUAUUGCAAAAUGGAAGAUCUGAAAACCAGGCAGCAUUUGCAUCUACAAUGGGCCUUCUUCUCAGUUAUACUUUAAACAUAACAAGUCUCUUGAGUGGUGUCCUGAGACAAGCAAGUAGAGCUGAAAAUAGUUUAAAUGCUGUUGAGCGUGUUGGCACAUACAUUGAUUUGGAAACUGAGGCUCCAAGAAUAAUUGAGACAAACCGUCCACCACCAGGAUGGCCAACAUCUGGUUUAGUUGAGUUUGAGAAUGUUGUCCUGAGUUACAGGCCUGAACUUCCUCCAGUCUUGCAUGGACUGUCCUUUACGGUAUUGCCAACCGAGAAGGUUGGGGUAGUUGGAAGAACUGGUGCAGGAAAAUCUAGCAUGCUUAAUGCUUUAUUCCGUAUCGUUGAGCUACAAAGUGGAAGAAUCAUUAUUGAUGGUUUUGACAUUUCUAUGUUUGGACUAGCAGAUUUGCGAAGAGUUCUAACUAUCAUACCUCAAUCACCAGUUCUUUUCUCUGGAACUGUUCGCUUCAAUCUUGAUCCAUUUACUGAACACAAUGAUGCCGACAUGUGGCAAGCUUUAGAAAGGGCACAUUUGAAGGAUGUAAUAAGAAGAAAUCCACUUGGUCUAGAUGCACAGGUCUUGGAGGGUGGAGAUAAUUUUAGUGUUGGACAGAGGCAACUAUUAAGUCUAGCCAGAGCAUUGCUUCGAAGAUCAAAGGUUCUUGUCCUGGACGAAGCGACUGCUGCUGUUGAUGUUAGAACAGAUGCUCUUAUACAGAAAACCAUCCGACAAGAGUUUCAGUCCUGCACAAUGCUCAUCAUUGCACACAGACUAAAUACAGUUAUUGACUGCAAUCGGAUUCUAUUGCUCGAUUCUGGACGGGUCCUUGAGUAUGACUCGCCGGACAAACUCUUAUCGAAUGAAGCAAGUGCAUUCUACAAGAUGGUUCAGAGUACAGGAGCUGCAAAUGCUGAGUAUUUAUGUAGUUUAGUUUUUGGAAGGAUUGUGAACAAUUCUAAUGAAGAAAACAAGGGACUUGAAAAUCAAAUGAGACAGUUAGCUUCUUCCAACUGGGCUGCUGCUACACAAUGUGCUAUAGCUGCAACCCUUUCUUCAUUGCAUCUUAACCUUCAAAUCCCAAAUGAAACUAAAGAUAACAAAGAUUUCAUCGAAAAAACGAAGGACGCGUUGACAACACUUCAGGAAGUUCUGGAAGGGAAGCAUGAUGAUGUUAUACAACAGACACUUGUUAAAUACAAUGUUCCUACAGAAAGAUGGUGGUCUACUCUCUAUCAAUUAGUUGAAGGUUUGUCUGUCUUGAUCAAGUUACCUCCGAAAAACAUUCAACAAUUGGAACUUGAUUUUGAAAGAAGGUCCUUUCACUGACAUCUUGAGUUGUGGAGAGCAGUAAUAUGCAAUCAAAUCUCAGAGGGAUGCAGCAAUCAUAAUAUUAUUUUCUAUUUAGAUAUCAUCUCCCUCUUUGUUUCAUCAUAUUGCUUUUGUAUUGUUUAGGAAGUUUAGAAUUUUAAUAGGUUCCAUUUGUUAAGAGUAAAGACAUUUUCGAAGAAAUUUAUCCCCCAAUUCAAAUAUCACAAGUUAAAUAGUUAGCUAAAA